UCUGCUUCAAUUUUUUUCUGCUAGCAAAGUUCGAUACGUCGGCCAUGCUUUCUGUCACCCUCCUCUCCCUAUCAUGGGCUGUCCUGGCGUCUUCAUCCAAAUGCAUACUACCAAUCUCAUAUUCAUCACAAAUCUACGAAGUUCCCGCUUGGCUGUCUUUAAAUUAUUCUUGCACUGGUUCCGCUCAAUUAUGGGAGGCUCGACCGAGUCCUGGAAAAGGAAUGGGAGUGUUCGCUACGAGGGCACUCGAACCAGGCGAUAUUAUCCUUGAGGAACCACCGAUCAUUAAGAUUAUACCACCAGAUUUCCGCGAUGGCGCAGCAUAUCCACUUAGCAGCAUCGACAUGCUACUCAACAGUGCUUUCGAUGCCCUUUCUGAAGAGAAGCAGGCCGAAGUCAUGUCUCUACACGCCCAUCUCACACCCGGCGAGGAGAACAAAGAGAGCGCCAACAGGAUGUUGAUCCCCAUCUUCCGAAGCAACGCUUACAUAGUAGGCAAAACCAACACGGAGCUUGGUCUGUUUCCAAAAGGCGCCCGAAUCAACCAUUCCUGCCGCCCAAAUUCAAGCCAAGUCUGGAUAGAUAAAAUCGGCAAACGGGUUGUUCGUGCAGUGCGACAUAUCGAGGAAGGAGAGGAGGUCUUUGCCACAUACAUCCCUCUUCUGCGAGACCACAAGGCCCGCCAGCAACGCCUCGAUCAGUACGGUUUCAAAUGCACUUGCUCGGCUUGCACGCAUGAUCGCGCUACGCAAGCCGCCAGCGACAGGCGACGUGACGACAUUCGCAAAGCGUUCGCCGACUUCGAACCCCAGCUCACGCUCACGGUCCCGCAGAGUAUAGCGGGGAGAAAGAGGGCAGAGAAGAACGCCGCCGCCAGCGAGGACCUUGCCAGAUUGGUAGAAGAGGAAGGCCUGGCAGAUUAUUACGCUCAAGCUUACCGUAUCGUUGCACUCAGCUAUGCGCGGAUUGAGAAAUGGGAGGCGGCGACGCGCUGGGCGCAUAAAAGUUACGAGUUGAACCUGGCGGCUGACGAAGAUGCGCCAAACACAUUGGAAAUGCGUGCAUUGACUGAGCAUUUUAUUCAGAACUGGAACACAGAUUUAUAUAACAAGUCCAAUCAGCAUGGAUGA